CGGCAACUCUUCUUUCAACCACGUGGAAACAGAGUGGAUAUAUACCGUGGCUGAGCCAAUGCCAACAUACGCAAUCGUAUUUUCCGUGGGAGUAUGUGGGCAAGGAGAGAGUAUCGGCGGGAACAAAAAAAAAAAAAGAUCUGGCAAGACCGGGAGAGAAAAGUAGUCGUGAGUCUGCAUUGCCUUCAUUCCCUGCUGGGCUCACGUGCACUCGCGAAGGUGCGUGUCUGCGUCGUGCGUGAAUAGAGAAGGCGAGAAAUCGAUAUGACUGCUGCCAACGGAAACAGUGAAGUGAUGGAUCCUUAUUCCAAGGGGGAAACUCGGUUCACCGGUGCCCCGCACAGGAAGAGCAUGGACGAAGAGGAUGGAGAAUGGACAGGGGUGACGAGAGUCAGCUUCGGAGUCCUCCUGUUGUCAGCCGUCGUGCUCCUUUGGGGGGCCCUGGGCCUGGUCAUUUACUGGGUCAUGCAGUACCAGGGUGGCUUUGCUUGGACGGAAGACCCUAAAAAAGAAUUCAACUUGCAUCCCACCCUCAUGAUUGCCGGUUUUAUAUUCUUCAUGGGUCACGCUCUGUUGGUGUACCGGUCAUGCCGAUGCUGCAAGCGCAUCUACAACAAGCUAGUGCACACGAUCUUCCACCUGUGUGCCCUUCCAUGCAUCGCUGUGGCUGUCAUCACCGUCUUCGAUUCCCACAACCUUGCCAGUCCCCCCAUUCCAAAUCUCUAUUCCCUUCAUUCCUGGCUCGGACUUGUCACUAUGGGACUCUUCGCACUCCAGUUUGUCGUGGGAUUCUUCAGUUUUCUGAUCCUGUUGUGCUGUGAGGGUCCCACGGCGGGAUUCCGCGCAGCUCUGGUUCCCAUUCAUGGGACGAUGGGACUCGUCACGUUCAUGCUGGCCAUCGCCACUGCUGUCACCGGCCUCACCGAGAAGGCCUUCUUCUCUCUUCAAGGGGGACGGUAUCAGAGGGGAGAGGAAGAAGGGAUAGUGAUAAACAGCCUUGGGAUGGUUCUGGUCGGACUGGCCGUCGUCCUGCCUCUCCUCAUCCGCCAUCCCUCCUUCUCGUCCAGGCUCGGUCCCGUGUGA